AUGGGGAAGAUGGCCCAGCCACAGCUCACUAAGACUGGUGCCCAGCCCACACCACAGCCAACUAAGACUGGUGCCCAGCCCACACCACAGCCUGCAGCCACUUCCACCAAGACUGAGCCCCAGGCUCCAGCAGCAACCACAACCAAGGCCAAGGCUGUUCCUCUCACAUCAGAGCCCAUUCCACCCACACCAACAACUGCCCUUGCACAAAAGGAGCUGGAGCCAAAGGUGGAAGUCCCAGAGGCUGAAGCUCCCAAGGCAGUCGCCAAGGCUGAGGCUCCAAAGACAGAAGUUCUCAAGUUGAAGAUCGCCAAGGCAGAGGCACCAAAUAUUUUUCCUACAACUGAGCUGCCCAAACCUGUACCACCUAAAUCUGAACCACCCAAGACUGAGGCUCCAGCAGUAGCUGCUCCUGUUGUCUCUGUCUCAGUAACUGAUGCCAUGACUGCUCUUGCUCCUCUAUCCACCACAGUUUCUACUGCCAUUGCUGUCACUCCAGCCACUGUGGAGAAGAAGCCAGAGGCUAAAUCUCAACCAGCAGAGCUACCUAAACCAGCAGAGGAGAAGGUUGAGAAGCCACUGAAGCAACAGGAACCAUUACCUGUCACAGUGGCUGAGAGGGUAACUCCACAACCAGACCCAACAGCUGAUACUAUCAAGGAAGUGGCCACUCCAUUGGCUGGAAAGGUGGAUGAUGUCCUUCCUGAACCUCAGCAGAUUCUCACUGAGAAGGAGACUGUGGAGGAGGGGAAAGAGUCAACUGCAGCCUCCCACCUAGUGGACCAGGUAGUAGUUAAGGUACCGUCCAGCCCAACCAGUCCAUUUGAGGCUGACACCAAGACUGAGGACCAUAGUAACAAGUCCCAGGAUGGACCAGAUAUACUUCCCAUCUCCCAGGGCUCCUACACCUCCGAGGAGGAGCUGAAGGAGGUGCAGACAGUCAGAUAG